AUGGGUUUCGAUUGUUGGAGUCUAGAAAACAAGUUCUGGGUUUUUCGAGUUGUGAAGAUCUGGGUUUCCAAGAGAAACUAUCGCCACGGCGAAGUGCCAAAGACAAGAGAUGAGAGCCCGACUGCCUUGUGGCUCUUGGCCGAGAGAGAAAACCAACAAAUCAACAGGGGAAAAAGAUUUAAAGGGGUCACAUUUGUUGUGGGGAAAACCAAGGAUGGCGACGGGAUUGGGAAAAUAGGAACCCACCGCCAGUUCUUCAAGAUCUUUGCCCUCUGCGCCAUCUUAUGUUUCUCCGUCGCCUGCGGCAACACCUCCCUCCUCUACCUCCCGGUCUUCUUCAAUCAGGCCAUCAGAGCAGCGCCGCCGUUCUUCACCGCAAUCUUCGCGUUUUUAAUCUCACUUGCAAGAAGGAAUCAGCGUGGUGCCCACAAAGGCCCUAGUGGUAAUGGUCGGGCAGAGCGGUUAUGGAGCAGCUGGUGA